GCGGAUAGUCUGUAGACCUAACGUGGUGACACUCGCCCGGACUGGAAUCGGUCCCGAUUGUACCGCGCGGCACUCCGCUUCAGCUGCACCUCUUCUCACCCACCAGUUGAAUUGAACAGACCGACGGUCCGCCUCAGGCUUAAAUCGAUCAUCGGCUUUCAGCUCCUCGCCAUCUUCACUAUCGAAUAUUACCCAUUCCAAUGGCCGAAUUAGCUUCCACCUACGCCGCCCUCAUCCUUGCCGAUGAAGGUCUGGAAAUCACUGCCGACAAGAUCAACACCUUGUUGUCUGCCGCCAAGGUUGAAAUCGAACCCAUCUGGGCUACCCUUCUCGCCAAGGCUCUAGAAGGAAAGGACGUCAAGGACAUGCUCUCCAACGUUGGUGCCGGAGGCGGUGCUGCUGCCCCAGCUGCCGCUGUUGCCGCCGCUUCAGGUGGUGAGGCCGCCGCCCCCAAGGCCGAGGAAAAGAAGAAAGAGGAAGAGAAGGAAGAAUCAGACGACGACAUGGGCUUUGGCUUAUUCGACUAAACUAUUCCCCUCUUACCCCAUCAAUUUGGUUCCUCUUUCUCGAGCAAUGCCAUUUUAAUGACCAAAGCCAAAUUAGCUUCAAUCUUCCGAUGAACAAUCCAGAGAGUGUUUUUGUGUUGGCUGAGAGCUUGAGACAUGACUGGUGCCCUAAGCAUCACAGGGCUUGAAUCUACCGACUGCACAUGCAAGCUUGGGAGGAAUGCUGCGACAUGUAUGCCCAUCCGCAAUCGCACACCAAUCUGUUGUGAUUACACUCGCA